AUGUUUUCCAAAGGCCUAAUGCAGAGACAAGCUCUCAGAACACUUCACCAGACUGGUUCAAGAUCCCUCACCAUUCCGUUCCUUUCCACUCUGCCCCAGAAUCCUGGUGGAGUUAAGGGUGACGUAAACGAUGCAGUCAAGCCCCCAGCUCCUAGCAGAAUUCACGGGUCAUUACACUGGGAUUUCCAGCGUGUCACUUCCGUAGCUCUACUGCCUCUCGUUGGUAGCAGUUUGGCCUCGGGAGGUGACAUCAGUGUUGUUGCCGACUCCAUCUUGGCUACGAUGCUGUUGGGCCACGUAUACGUGGGAUUCCAAUCUUGCAUCAUUGACUACAUUCCCGCUAGAGUCUACGGCAAGAACCACAACUACGCCAUGUACUUGUUGACUCUCGGCUCUUUAUUUGCCGGAGUUGGUAUUUAUAAGCUAGAAACCGAGGAGGAAGGGCUCACAGGCUUGGUCAAGAAGCUUUGGACCGUCAAUCGCUCCACUGAGGCGAAACAGUAG